GAAAUGGAAGUGCCGGAGUGGGGGGAGGGUACUCUUCGGAAAAGGGGAAGAAAGGUGGACUUUGCGAAGAAAGGGAUCACUUUCCGGGAACUUUGUGGUGGAGUCUGGCUGGGAUCGCCAGAGGCCUGGAAGAAGCACACGCUGAAUUGUCACCGCAUGAAGCCGGCGCUCUUCACCGUCCUCUGCGAAAUCAAAGAAAAAACAGGGCUGAGCAUCCGGAGUUCGCAAGAGGAGGAGCCGGUGGACCCGCAGCUGAUGCGCCUGGAUAACAUGCUCUUGGCCGAGGGGGUGGCCGGACCCGAAAAGGGGGGUGGUUCUGCGGCGGCGGCGGCAGCCGCGGCAGCAGCUGGAGGGGUGUCCCCCGACAACUCCAUCGAGCACUCGGAUUACCGGAACAAGCUUUCACAGAUCCGCCAGAUCUACCACUCGGAGCUGGAGAAAUACGAGCAGGCUUGCAAUGAGUUCACUACCCAUGUGAUGAAUUUGCUUCGAGAGCAAAGCCGCACACGCCCGGUGUCACCUAAGGAGAUUGAGCGCAUGGUCAGCAUUAUCCAUCGGAAGUUCAGCUCUAUCCAGAUGCAGCUGAAGCAGAGCACGUGUGAAGCUGUCAUGAUCCUGCGCUCCCGCUUCCUUGAUGCCAGGCGGAAGCGACGCAAUUUCAGCAAACAGGCCACUGAGGUCCUCAAUGAAUAUUUCUACUCGCACCUGAGCAACCCGUAUCCCAGCGAGGAGGCCAAGGAGGAGCUUGCCAAGAAAUGCGGCAUCACCGUCUCGCAGGUCUCAAACUGGUUCGGGAACAAGCGCAUCCGAUAUAAGAAGAACAUCGGCAAGUUCCAAGAGGAAGCCAAUAUUUACGCCGUGAAAACGGCUGUCAGCGCCGCACAGAGCGGGGGCGACUCUCCCAACACCCCCUCCUCCGCGGGCUCCGGUGGCUCCUUCAAUCUCUCCAGUUCGGGGGAUAUGUUCAUGGGCCUUCAGGGUCUAAAUGGAGACUCUUACUCUACAUCACAGGUGGAGUCGAUGCGUCACUCCAUGGGGCCUGGUGGCUAUGGGGACAGUAUGGCUGCCAACCAGAUGUACAGCCCACGAGAAAUGAGGGCCAAUGGGGGCUGGCAGGAAGCAGCCACCCCAUCUUCUGUAACCUCCCCAACAGAAGGUCCUGGCAGCGUCCACUCUGACACCUCCAACUGAUCAUGCUGUGCUGGCCGUCCCCACUUUUCAUGCUCGUCCUGAUGCCAGGGAAGAGAAAAAUGCCAGUUGUGAAUGGGCUGGGCAGAGGAAGAACUCUUUUCAUUGCCUUAGGAUCAUAGCAUCACAGUGCCGGGGAAGGGUGGGGAGGGGAUCCAAUGAUGCACCCCUGGGGCUUCAAGAUGGCAGCACUCCUUGGGGCAGAUCAUUUGAGAUGUACCCAUUUGAUAUAGGAUGGUAGUCCUUCUGUGAUCCUGAAUGGCAUCUUUAGUAAUCAAGAUACGACUCUUAAGCAUCCUGGAGGGGACCCAGUAUGGUGACACUAUUGGGAGGUGGGUGGGAAAGGGUGGGAGGUGCUGUCCCAAAUGGCUUAUCAAUUUGGAGGGGUUGAGGGAUAAGCUAAUGUGGUACCUGAAACCAGUAUCAUAAUCUGAUGGAUCGGUCUCAUAAGUUACACCUGCCCCAAAGGAUCCAAGAUGGCAGUAUGGACUGAUCUCUUGGUGGUAGAAUGGGCAAAGAAAGUUGCCAGAUAGGGCUUAUGUUGGCAUCUCUCCAAGAUGGGAUGAUUCCAAGGUGGUAGGCUGGUGUCUUCCUGUCAAGUUUAACUACGAUAUGAAACCAUUGGAGAUACAGAUCCUGUCUAGACCCAAGAUGGCACUUCCUUCAUAUGUUGUAAUCAAGGAUAGUAGCUUCUGUUAUGGGAUCUUUCUGAAAACAAGAAAUGCUCUUUUGCUCCUGUCUUGAAAGCGGAUCGUGUGGAGUCACGAUGCUAUCCUUUCUUGGACUGAACCAUCUGACAUGCCUCUCCGUAUGAAUUGCCGUUUUCCUGCAUCUGAAGAUCUAAGAUUUCAUCUGAAUCAGAAAGGAGAUGUUUCUCUGGAAGAUAACCUUAAAGGAAAGGUGUGGGAAGCCAAGGUGUUGAUGAGUAACGUUGGUAAGGAGGUUAGACGUAAGACGUACCUUUAUCCAAAGGUAGUGGUAGAAUUCCAUUAGAGCAGCUAAACGUAUUUAGGAAGGGGAAGUAGUAUUAAGCACAAAGCUUGUAUCUCUUUCUGUGCAGGACUGGAUGCGCUAGAACAGGGUUUUUCAAACUGUUUGGUGGAACCCUAAGAUGCUAUGAGAAUUUGAUGGGGUUCCAUAAGAAAAUAGGGAGAAAAAAUACAGCCAGUUUGCUGUCACUAGAAUUUUGCCUCUUGAAUAAGGGAUUCCAGGAAUUUUUCUUUAAACACUCACAAUUUUUUGUGGCUUGAAAAUGUCUGAAAAACUCUGCUCUGGAAUCAUUGGGGGAAGGCAGCUAGGAGGCGAAGGAAUCCAGCUUACCAUAAAUGCUACACUACGCCAGUGUUAUGAGAUCACGCAGGCGCCAUGCAGUAUCAGGGAAAGACAUAUUUAAGUUAAGGAGACAACCGCAAAGCCACACUUGCUCUGAAGCACCUUGUCACACCCUGUCGGGGUGGCCUUAACUCAAACCUGUGUUUUCCUGGGAUUGCACGGCUCCCGUGCAGUCCCAGGGCAAGACAGCUUCGUUAAGGAGGUGCUAACGGGCAUCGCGCCCACCCCGAAACUCCUUUUCAGCAUUGGAUCUGAAAUGCUGGAGCUGUAAAUCUUUUCUGUUUUCUGUUCCUUACUGCUUUUCUUUGUCUCUAGGGUUAGGGUUAGGGUAUCUAAUCUUACGUCUGAUCAGUUCUAAUGUGUCCAUAUUCCUUUCGAGAUUUAUUCUUGUUUUUCAUUUUUAAUAUUUUCUGAAGGUUGAGCCUCAGUUUUCUUUCUGUACGCCUUCUCCGUGACCAAGCUAGAGUUUUUCUGCCCGAUCAAACAGAGCUUGAUCGGCUAGAUUCCUGAACUACACAUUUUUGGUGUGGUGGGUGUGCAGAUUUUGUAACCUUGUGCCAGAGAGAUAGAAGAACUUUUUACAUUUCCUUUAAAAAAGGAAAGAAAAAAAAUGUACAAAAUAGUGCAGAUAAUGAUUAGGCACGGUUAUGUCAAUUGCUGUUAAUUCAAUCAGAGUAUCCUUAAGAGCCCCUGUUAACAAUAGUGGGUAUGUUUAUUGCCAAGGUUUUUGUUUUUUUUUUUGCAAUAUUAUUUUUCCAAUAAUAUUGGAAUAAAAACGAUGGAAGGGCCUCCAGACAGGAUGGUAUUGGCUAAGAGGAGAUUUCUUUUUGUCCUCCCUUUGACGUUUCACAGAAAACAUCUUGCAUGGAAAAAAAUCCAUUAAUUUAUUUUGGAGGGAGAAUUUUGGGACGGCAAGUGGAAGUGGGGGAAAGAUUAAGUUCUCUGCCUGUGGUGAUUCUGAUCCCUCCCUGCUAUUUUUUAUUAACUUUACACCAAACGAGUAAGACAUUUACGUAACUUAAAGUUUCAAAUUGUCCUUGCGAAUUGGAGUUCCUUGUAAAAGUUACCUGGUGAGAAAAACCAAUGGAGGUGAAUUUGUCCUUCACUGAAAAAUCGCCAGGGAUUAUCAAGUGGGGCUAUACCUGCCACAAAUUCUGAUGCUAAAAUCCCAUUUUUCCAAUAAUAUUGGAAUAAAAAGAAUGGAAGGGUCUCCAAACGGGAUUGUAUUGUGUGGGAAUAGUUGGAUCUUACUUCUGCAGCAGAAGGGUCGUCACAAGGCAAAGCGCGUGAAUUCGAUAUCAGAUUAGUUGCAGUGAUGUGCAAGAAUCUGUGCUUGGCACAAAAGCUCUGAGUGCAAACACCAAUUCUGUUUGCUCUAGGCCUGCUAAAGAGCAUUUUUGGGGGGAAAAAAAUAUUUGAACAAACCAGAAGUAUUCCACCUUCAGACCUUUUUCUUGUCACUUUCCCUUCCCUUUAUGAGUGUCACCACAAAGGGGAUGUACGUUCUUCCAGAGAACCAAAUACUGAAGUCUCUCCCAGUCUGUUGCUUCCCAGUGGAUUGGCCUACAGCUCCCAUCAUGCCCCAUGGGCCAUUCUGACAGUGACCCAUGGGAGCUGUAGUCCAAGCUCUCUGGAGAGUGCCAAGUUGGGAAACACUAAAAUACAUUUCCAUCUCACCGUAGGGCUUAGUUUGGAGGGGUAUGUUCUUUUACCAGGAUGGGGGGGGGAGUGUGAGUGUGUAAAUAGUUUGGUGUGCAAAAGUGAAUGAUCAGAGAGGCAGGAGGGAGGCAGGAAACCACAGCAACCUCCAUAAAUUAGAUUGAAAUGCAGAAGAGCAGGUGUUGAGAGAGGUACGGUGGAAGACUUGUAGGAGGUUAGACGUUUGAAUAUAGCCGAAAAGGUGGCAAGUAGAAACAAUGAGAAGAUAAACCCUUGAAAAACUCAGAAGGGGAAAUAAGUAAAAGCUGAGGACAGGAAUAUUAACAUUAGAUAAGUAAAGCUUGACAUGUUGUUAUGUUGGGAAGGGAGAGACAAGUAGUCCAAUAGUCCAAAGGGGUUGAGAAACACCAGUUUAGAGAGAGUAGAAAAGAUCCAAUAGAAAAAGAUUGAUGGGGAGGGGGGAGGAAAGACCUUGAUGGCACCUUUUCACAACUCUUUGAUCAGAAGAAACCUGUCGGGCAGGAGAAGAUACCAAAAUAAGAUGCAAGAAGAAGACCGUGGAAUGGCAACCAAUUGCAAAAGAAAGGCACGGGCCACUGGAGGAAGGAUCUGCUCCUGAAUGGUGCCAGCACCAAAGGGACGCCGAGGAAGGGUGGCUGCUUCACAAAGAUGACACCCGCAGCUUUUCAGCGGCGGAAGACAAGGGACGCCUCCGACCCACAGAGACAUCCGACCUGCUCUCUCCCAGGCUCUGGAGGGCUCCGCGCUAGUCAGUCCAAUAGCUUUAUUACCUCACGGCAAGAGAAACCAAUAGAAACUCGGGACAGAGAACUUCUGAACCUGCUACCUCUGUGUACCCUGUGGGGGGUGGGGGGGCUGCUGCGAGACGCCCCCCGCCCAACCCGACCCGUUUCCCCUUGACAGUAGGGGUGGGUGGGGGAACUCAUUACCUGACUGGCCAUGUGACUUGUUCUGGGUUUUGCUCUAGAUUUACUUUGCUUUUAUGAUCAUUAUUAUUAUUUUUCUUCUAUAAAAUUGAAGACA